AUGGGCGUGGUUUCCAUGAGGGGGCGUGGCCAGAGCCGCCAUGUUCACCCGGGGUCCCGGCGGCGGCGAUCGCAGCGAGACGCCGAGGACCCCGAGCGGGGCUGUCCGUGCCGCGCCUGCCGGGAGCUGUGCCCGGGAUUCCAGGAGCACCCAUGGAGGAAGAUCUGCCAGCAUGCAAGUGUCCCGUGGGGAGCACGUGGUGGGGGGGUUCCCCCGCGGCUGCAGCGGCUCCUGGCCCGGCUGCUCCCCGAGCUGCAGCCCCCCAGCUCUGAGGGUCCGGGGGGCUCAGCUCAGGAGUUCGCCUGCCCCCCCGGCCUCAGCCCUGAACAGGUACCCCAGCUAUUUCCGGUGCCUCCCCCCGCGCAGGUUCCGCGCCUGCGCAGCCCCGGGGAGCGGCACCGGCUGCGGGAGCUGCUGCGGCAGCUCCCCCACGACCUGGAGCCCCAGUUCUGCCAUGAUCUGGACGAGCAGGAGCCGGAGCUGCAGCUCUUCGCCCGGCGCCGCAAACGCGAAAAUCUGGGGCAGGGAAGUGUCCGGGCCCUGGGCGGGGCCGGGGCCGUGUGCCAGCAGUGCGGUGGCCCGAUCCCCGGCGGCUCCCUGGCCGUGUUCGCGGCGCGGGCGGGGCUGGGGCUGUGCUGGCACCCGCAGUGCUUCCAGUGCCACCAGUGCCACCAACCGCUCGUGGACCUGCUCUACUUCUGCCCCGGGGGGCGCGGGGGGCUGCUCUGCGGGAGGCACCACGGGGACAGCGUGCGACACCGCUGUCCGGGCUGCGACGAGCUGAUUUUCGGGGGUGGCUGGGCCGAGGCCGGGGGGCGCCGCUGGCACCUUCGCCACCUGCGGUGCCUGGAGUGCGAGGGGCCCCUGGAGCCCCAGAACCUGCCCAGGGCGGGGGCUGGGACCCCCCUGUGCCCCCCCUGCCGUGCCCUGCGCGCCCACCUGUGUGACACCUGCGGGGACCCCAUCGAGGCGCUGUCCCCCCAUGUCACCCACAGGGGGCAGCACUGGCACCCCCUCCCCGGCUGUUUCCGCUGCGCCCCCUGUGGCCGCCCCCUGCUGGGGCUGCCCUUCCUGCCCCGGGGGGGGGAGAUCUUCUGCUCCCCCCAGUGCGCCCCGGGACCCCAACCCCCGCAGGGACCCCAGAGGAGAUCCUGGGGAGGGGGAAACACAGUGUCCCAGCCCCCGUCCCGUCACCGUCGCCGCUCGCUGCCGGAGCUCGGGCUCAGCGCCCGCCCCUCCCCCCCCGCUCCGCCCCCCCGGGGCCCCCCCGGAGCCUCCCCCAGCGCCAGAGCCCCGGCCCCGCUCCCGGGGCUGCCGCCUGGCCUGACCUCUGACCUCUGA